AUGGUUACUCGUUUUGAACAAUUAGCUAGUGAAACUUUAUAUGAAAUAUUUUCUUAUCUAUCAUUUCCAAAUGUGUUGACUUCAUUUUCAAAUUUAAAUUCAACGUUAACAUCGUUAGUAAAUGCUCAUCAUAUAUGGAUUAAUUUAUCAAAUAUAUCAUUGACAACAUUCGACUAUUAUUGUCGACAUAUUUUACCAUCUCGAAGAGAACAAAUUCAUGGUUUAACACUAUCCAAUGAGCAAACUGUUUCUGAAAUAACAUUAUUUAUAUCUAUAUUUUAUCUUAUACGAUUCACAAAACUUCGAUCAUUAACAUUAAUUGAACCAACACAAGAUGAGUUUCAACAUAUAACAACAACCAUAUUAAAAUUGCCACAAUUAAGGCAUUUAUCUGUCACAUGGAAUGAUGAUCAUAAAUUUAGACAAAUUGGUCCAACGAUAUUUAAACCAAUUUUAUUAGAAAUACGUACAUUGAAAUCAUGUGAACUAUCAUUUUUAGAUACAGCUUAUUUUUUGUCUAGUGUCGAACAAAUGUCAUCAACAAUUCAAUAUUUAACUAUUCAUCGAUGCGAUAUCGAUUGCUUAUUCCAUGUACUCGACUAUUUUCCACAAUUGAAGAGUUUAUCAAUACAAGAUCGGGUGACAGCAGCAAUAAAAGGAUUAACAGACGAUGCUUACAAACGAAUAAAAGAAACAACACCUGCAUCAAGCUUAACAUGUUUAAAAAUUCGUGUGUUCAAUGUUGAAUAUCUAUUUAUUGAAUUUCUAAUAGAAAAAUGUCCAAAAUUGAAAAAACUGGCAUUUUCAUUCGUUGGAGAUUCUGGCCUUGAUUUUUUGGAUAACGAUCGGUGGGAGUGGAUUGUUCAAUCGUUAAGUUUUUUAAGUGUCUUUCAACUUUAUAUUGAAAUAUGGGAUAUUAUUGAGAGUGAAAUGGAAUAUUUAAAUUAUAUGGUUGAUCGAUUUCAAGAUCAAUUUUGGACAUCUCGUGGAAUUUAUUUUAUUUAUGAUUAUUAUCAUGAUACUACUGCUAAUCAAUUAAAUUUAAUUGUCUAUACCCAAAUAUAUCCUGAUAUUGAUUUUAGUACACAAUGGGGACAAUUAAGGUUACCUUUGUCACCAUUAACAACACGAACAACUUAUGUGAAUGUUAAAACGUUAACACUACUCAUAUUAAACACACAACAAAUGGUAGAUGAAUUAAAACAACUAAACAGUCGAUAUUAUCCGAAUGUUGAAAAAUUAACGAUUAAAUUCGAGAAAACAUCAGGUUUACAUCAGUUCGGCUCUUAUAUAGACAAACUUAUUCGUUUAUCAAAUAUAAAACAUUUGAAUAUCGUUGAUCGUUGUCAUUCAUCUGCAACAUUAUUCGAAAUUGUUCGCCGUUCACCAAGACUGUGUACAUUAACGAUAAUUCAAAAUCAAAAAUUAUUAAAACAAAUAUUUGAAAAUAAAUUAUUAUGUUUAUAUUUGAAACCAAUGAUACAAAAUUUGAAUAUAAUGUAUAGUAGUCGAAUGACAGUUGAUUUAUGUGAAACAAUCUGUAAUACAUUUGUGAAUUUAUAUUCAUUUUCAACAUCAAUCGAUUUACCUGAUGAUUUUGAAGAUGUUAUACCAUUAGUUGUAAAAAAAUUAACAAAACUAAAAUAUUUUCAUGUACUAUUGAAUGAAGAUCGAUACAAUUUUCAACAUAAAGAUAUGGAUAAAUGGAUUAAAUCGGUUACAUCAUUAAAAAAUUUUCGUGUAACAGUAUCUGAAGAUUAUCGUACAGCACAUAUAUGGAUUUAA